AUGGUGACGAGAAGUAAUGGAGAUAUUGAUUAUGGUGACGAGAGUAAUGGGGAUGUUGAUUAUGGUGACGAGAGUAAUGGAGAUAUUGAUUAUGGUGACGAGAGUAAUGGAGAUAUUGAUUAUGGUGACGAGAGUAAUGGGGAUGUUGAUUAUGGUGACGAGAGUAAUGGGGAUGUUGAUUAUGGUGACGAGAGUAAUGGGGAUGUUGAUUAUGGUGACGAGAGUAAUGGGGAUGUUGAUUAUGGUGACGAGAGUAAUGGAGAUAUUGAUUAUGGUGACGAGAGUAAUGGGGAUGUUGAUUAUGGUGACGAGAGUAAUGGAGAUAUUGAUUAUGGUGACGAGAGUAAUGGGGAUGUUGAUUAUGGUGGUGAUACUGGUGAGAGUUGA